UCUUAGCCUCCCAAACUGGGCUUCAUUUCCUGGGGUUGAUUCGUUUGCAGCCCGAGGGACCGAAGGGUUGAGUGCUGCCAUGCUCGGUCCCACGCUCGGUGCUGGCCAGCAGCUUGCUGCCUGGGUUGGGUGCAGAAUGGACCCAGGCCACCUCUUUCCGUGACCCCCUGGCUGUGGUGCUCCACCUCACUGCUCUCCCUGGGGCCGAGGUGCAGCUCUGGGCUGGGGUCAUGGCUGCAGCAGGAAGAGUGCUGAGCCGUGGGGGCAGGCAGCCUUUGGCUCUCUGUGCUCUGGAGUCCUCAUCUUGGCAUUGCUGUUGGCACCAGGCUGCACCUGUGGGCUUGGAGGGUCCCUGGGCAGUGGCCGUGGCUGGGAGCUGGGUGGGCUGGGGAGUGCCUCCUGUCCUGCUCUGCACUGACUCCUCUUGUCUCUGUCCCUCGCAGCAAAUCUGUGCAGAACAAGGUCGACUCCAUCCUGAUGUCCAGAAGUUCUCAGACAAUGACAAGCUCUACCUCUACCUCCAGCUGCCAUCAGGACCAAGCCUGGGGGAGAAGAGCAGCAGCCUGGACCUGAGCUCCCUGAGCACGGCCGAGUACAUGCAUGCCUGCAACUGGAUCCGGAACCACCUGGAGGAGCACACAGACACCUGCCUGCCCAAGCAGGACGUCUAUGACGCCUACAAGCGAUACUGCGACAACCUCUGCUGCCGCCCGCUGAGCGCCGCCAACUUCGGCAAGAUCAUCAGGGAGAUCUUCCCAAACAUCAAGGCCCGGAGGCUGGGGGGCCGAGGGCAGUCCAAAUACUGCUACAGUGGGAUACGGAGGAAGACAGUGGUCAGCCUGCCACCCCUGCCCAGCCUGGACCUCAAAGUGACCGAGGCUCAGUCGGAGCUGACGGAGCUGGUGCAGUCCUACAGCAGCGAGGUGAUGGAGGCAGCCUGCGCCCUGACCUGCCACUGGGCGGAGAAGAUCCUCAAGCGCUCCUUCAACAACAUCGUGGAGGUGGCUCAGUUCCUCAUCCAGCAGCACAUCAUCAGCUCCCGCUCGGCCCACGCUGACCUGGUCAUGGCCAUGGUGGUCUCAGAGAGCACCGAGAAGAUCCAUCGUGAGGGUCGGGCACCGUCAGCCGCCAAGAAGAACGGCCUGGAGACCCCUGAGAGUGGUGACAGGAGCCAGGGCCAGGUGAGACCCCACCAGGGCCAGGUGGGGACCCCCGGGAGCCCUCCUCAGCCUUCGGGGACCAGCUCCACCACAACAUCCUCUGCCGGCACCUCCCUCUGCCUGCAGACCAAGAAGGAGAGCGGCCCCAAGCUCCCCGUCCCACCUCGUCCCGAGAAGAAGAAGCCCCCGGAGCCCCCCAAGGCUGCCAGCAGCCCCCAAGUGAACGCCCUGGUCGCCCGCCUGCCCCUGCUCCUGCCCCGCAUCCCGCCGGUGGAGCGGCCCGCGGCGCCCGCUGCCGCCACCAUCCGCUCCUCCCCUCCUGUCCUGGCACCCAAAAUCACGGCUACGCCUCUUGGGGGCACGGUCAAGGUGGCCCUGCCGCUGCCAGUGGGCACAGCAUCCCCCUCCGUGCCCCUCGGGCUGGCCCCUGGGGCUAACGGGCCAGCAGGGCUCCUGAGCCAGCAAGCGGCCGUGCCCGUCCUCAACGUGCUGCUGCCCGGCGUCAGCGUCCCUGGCACGGCCGAGAGCCCUGCCAACCCCCGCAGCGCAGGGGGCGGCGGUGAGGGUCCCAGUCCGCAGGACUUGCAGCGCCCCAAGGGCACCAAGCGGCCCCCGGAGCCGCCCGGCGACCUGGCUGGCAGCCUGCAGAAGCGCCGCCGCGGGCGGCCGCGGAAGAGGCCAGAGGAAGGGGGCACAGCAGCCCCGGGGGAGCUCUGCCGCGGGGCGGCGGCCGACGGCGCUGGCUCUGCCGCCGCUGGCAGUGCCACCAGCCCCCUCGGGGACAGUGCAGCCGGGAAGUGCCUGCCCACCCACGUCAGCGUCAUCCAGGACGGCAGGGUCAGUGCCAAAGCCAGCCGUGAGCUGGCACUAGAGAAGCUGUCGGAGGCACAGCGGAGCCUGGGCGAGGCCAGGUCCACUCUGGGUGACACUGCAGGUGUGCCUCGGGACGGAGGGGACCCUUCCACUGCCCCCCAUGAUGGACAGACACAGGCAGGAACCUGUCCUGCUGCUGCCACCUCCCACCGCUCGGACAUGUCUCCCUGUGCCCCCACUUCCCCCCACGCUCCCACAUCCCCCCAUGCCCCCACGUCCCAGGGGGCUUCGCCAGGGCAGGUGGGACUCUGUGCCCAACCUGGCACAUAAAGGCCAUGCCCUGACAUCCCCCCCGCCCCCGCCCCGUCCCCUCUGCCCCCCGAGCCCUGCCCCUUUCCCUGCCAUUACAAUUAAACAGGCUCUGUCUGUCUGUC